UUUCUUUUAAAUGAAUUGUUUGCAUAAUAAUUUUAACUUAAUUAAUUAAAAUUCCGACUUGGCAACACUGAAGUAGAAUCACAUGACUAAUUCGUCAUAUGUUUAUACCACGUGGAUGUUAAAUGGAGUAAACAAACUAUGGCUAUUUCGAUUAAAAUCGUCAUUUUUUGCAUUACUUGGUGUUGUUACGGGGCUGUAACUCUAUUGCUGUUUCAUAUGUUCACAAUUCAUCAAAAUUCGCCGUAUAUGGACGAAAUUUUCCAUGUUAAACAAGCAGAAAAAUACUGCGAUGGAAAUUUCAGCGAGUGGGAUGACAAGAUUACCACACCUCCUGGCUUAUAUUUGGUAUCUAUAGGUAUUCUGGUGCCUGCAUCAUCUCUAUUUCAUAUAAAUUAUUGCACUACAAUUGGACUGAGAAUCAUCAAUGUCGCUUUUUCAAUGGGAAAUAUGUACAUUAUUUAUGUUUUACAUGCUUACAUUCAUAAAACACAUCAGAAUAUUAAGAAGUAUCAACAUAUUUUAUCUUCAUUAAAUCUUGCCUUGUUUCCAUUAUCAUAUUUUUUUACAUUCCUAUACUACACUGAUUCAGGAGCUCUUUUCUUCAUUUUACUCAUGUAUUUAUUUCAUCUAAUGAGAAGUGAUGGAACAGCUGCUCUUUUUGGUUUGUUAGCGAUACUUUUUCGUCAAACCAGCAUUAUUUGGGUGUUUUUUGUUGCAGUUUUACAGUUAAUUAACAUUCUUACUUAUUGGAUAAGAAGAGAAACAUCAGCGAAACAAGAUCAUGUUCAUUCUUUACUUCCAUUUAUUAAAUACACAAGAACUAUACUUCUACACAGAAAACAGUUAUUUCAUAUAUUAUCAGAUAUACUUAAAACAACUGGAAAUUAUGUAUUAAUUGGAAUUGGAUUUGUAUUAUUUGUUAUUUAUAAUCAGGGUAUAGUUCUUGGAGAUAAAAGUGCUCAUCAGGCUUGCUUUAAUUUUCCACAGAUUUUAUAUUUUCUAGGAUUCUUUCUGUGUUUUUCUUGUUCCUAUUUAAUUAGUUUUACUAAACUUUUGCAGUUUUUAAAAUUUUGUCAAACUCAUUUCUUUCUUACAUGUUUUUUCUGUGUAGUAAGUGGUGCAUUUAUUUACAAAUUUACAUAUGUUCAUCCUUAUUUAAUAGCUGAUAAUCGUCAUUUGACAUUCUAUAUUUGGAGAAAAAUACUUGGUUACAAAUCAAUCAUUCCUUACCUUUACAUUCCUUUAUAUUUAUAUUCCGCUUGGUCGUUGAUUCAUUCACUUUCACAUAAAUCAGAGUUAUGGAAAUUAACCUUUAUAUUUUGUCUUAUUGUUGCAUUGAUUCCUCAACAGUUAUUGGAAUUCAGAUAUUUUAUAAUACCAUAUAUUAUUUUGAGACUGAAUAUGAAUGUCGGUAACUGGUUACAGUUAUUAGGAGAAACAUUUGUCUAUAUAUUUAUAAAUAUUGUUGCUUUAUAUUUAUUCUUUUACAAAACUUUCCAUUGGCCAGAUAGUAAUGAUGUACAAAGAAUUAUGUGGUAAUAUUUUUGUACAGUGUUGUAAGAUUUAAUGUAUUAUAGAUUUAAUUACAAUGCUAUCUAAGCAGCUGACAUUUUUAAAAAUUUUAGUUUAAAGUAUAUUAUCAAAAGUAAUUUUUGUAUAAAAAUUGAUAAAAACAUAAAUUUUAACUUUAUAAUUGUUAAUAUAAUUAUCAGAGACCAAGUAAAAUUCUGAAUUCAAACUUUAAGAUCAUUAAAAAGUCAUUUCAACUAAUGAGAAGCUUAAAAUGCAAAAAUAAAUUAAUUUUUUAUGAUGAUUUUUCACUUAUUAAAACUAUAAGAUGGCAUUAAUGUAUAAUUAUCCAUUUAUUAA